AUGAUAAACACACUAUGGAAGUCGCCUGCCGAGCUCGAUCAUCAAAUCCCCGGUCGUCGUGAUAGUCAGGACUCCAUCAUGAGCCGACUCGGUGGAAAGAACGUCUUUAUCUUCUGCUCUUCUCGCAUGUGGCGCGGCGUACCCAAACUCUUACUUCAAAUCUCUGCCAUAUUUUUCACCAGUUUCCUUGUUUUUGGCAUUUUACCAGAUCGGUUAUCUGGCGGACAACUUGGUUAUGGAUAUCGGGGAAUAUUCCCUUGGGGGAGCUAUGAGCCAGAACCUGAUCGAAAUAUGAGGAUCGUGGUGUUCGGCUCGCCCGAUGUUGUAGGCAACGUACAAGAUCCUUCCUCAGAGCGCAAAACAUGGACAGAGGAGCUAUGCGAUGAGCUCGAAUGCACUUCUUAUCUAUCGUUUGUACCAAAGGCUCAGCCGAAUAAGGGUCUCAUCAGCAACGACAUGUACGAGGAGGCAGUCCAGGAUCUUCUCAACACUACCAAGUUCACCAAUGUGAAGGAAAAGCCAGCCUUGAAUUACAAGUAUAUCGCUAAACAGUAUCCCACCCCCUCCAAGGUCCCUGACCUGGCGAGCCAAGUUCAGAGCUUUCUUGCGAUGCCACCACCUGAAAAGACCCCACGCGAGACGGUCUGGAUAUUCAGCUUUGGAACGUGGGAGAUCUGGAAUAUGGCAGCAAUGCCAAGACAAGAAUCGGAAGAUGCCAUCACCUACAUGGUCAGACAAAUCCUCGAUCAGGCCGAGAUACUCUACGAACGAUCGCUUGACCCCAAUUCUAUCGCCUACUCUGAUUUCUGGACAAACGCGACCGAGUCACAGAUUAGUGAACUGACGGCACCCGGCGCUUUGGACAAAGUCGACAGACGCAAAUUUGAAAGCUUCCGUAUUGUCGUGCCCACAAUAUUUGACAUUUCCCUCACACCUGGCUGGCAGGGUCGGAAGACGCCACCUGCGCCUAACAAUGUUGUCGAGCAGACCCGAAACGCCGCAGAAUUGACUAAAUACUGGAACCAAGAGGUGGACUUUGCAGUUGCCGAAUGGAAAGACAGGACAACGAAGAAGCCAAAGAGGCCGACAUCAAGCACUGAGAAAGGAAGGAACACCAAGAGGGCUGAGAGCGUCGGGCCUGUUGAGCAUAGCGAAGACACCAAAGAAUCGGCGAAAACCACGUACGAAAGCCAUCAAGUUAUUCAGGCCCCAUAUCCCAUGCGUAAUGGGCUGCUGGUAAACAUCGACCAAGGAGUCCUCGAUGCUAUGACUGAAGGUGACAUGGAACGUGCGGCAGUCGUGGAUUUGAGAGGACGCGGAACAUUGUCCGCCAACGAUUCGAUGCGGUUUACCGAUGUCUGGACACCGUGUGUCAGAGGGGAUUUGGCGGAUCUCAAGAUUAACGAGAAAGAAAUCAAGACAGGAUGUGAGAUCGAACACGACCAUCUCUUCUACGACUCUUUUACCAUUAGUGAGAGAGCUAUGAAGGGUGUGGUAAAGUCGAUUAUGGGAGAUGUUAGGGAGGAGCUCUUCAACGCGGAAGAAAAGCGAGGCUGGUUAUAUGGCGGCUGGUAG